AUGAUCACUCUCGAGACUCUCCCCAAUUUGCUUGCGGAUGACAUUAAAGUCAAGGUCGCCGGUAUCGACAGUGAUGGCGUCCUACGAGGAAAAGUCAUGUCAAAGGAAAAGUUCUUGGGCAUAAUGAAAACCGGCUUUGGAUUUAGCUCCGCUGUGUUCGGCUGGGAUAUGCAUGACAUGCUAUGGACGACCGAUGCUCGCGUGGCGCCUCCAGAGUCGGGAUAUGCGGAUUUCCUAGCUGUUCCAGACCUGAAUUCAUUUCGCCGCCUUCCAUGGGAAGAGAACAUUCCUUUUUUCUGGUCCGUCGAACUCGAAUUCAUGAACUUUCAGACUCCCUCCGAAGACGGAUACGGCAGUUCUGUCUCACAACACCCUAACCUCGCCGCGUUCCUUGAGAAGAACGCGCCUAACGCUCUGCGGCCGUUGACUCAAGGCAUGUUUUGCUACAGCUCAACACGUCCGGUUGCCAACAAGAAAUACUUCUACGACAUUUUUAAUACCUGCGCCCAGAUAAAUUGUGGAAUCGAAGGAUGGCACACUGAGGGUGGGCCGGGCGUAUAUGAGGCGGCACUAAAAGUGUGUGAAAUUAGCGAGAUGGCUGAUAAGGUGGCCAUGUUCAAGUUCCUCACCAAAUCUCUUGGCGUUGACCAUGGAGUAACACCAUGCUUCAUGGCAAAACCCAUGCAGGGGAUGCCUGGUAGCUCUGGUCACAUCCACAUUUCACUUACCGAUAACCAUGGCCAGAAUCUUUUCGCGAGGGAGACACCAGAAGAAAAUCCUCGAUGGGCCGACAUCGCCCAUCUCUCUGAUACAGGUCGGCACUUCUUGGCUGGCCUGCUUGAAGCUCUCCCUGAUAUUAUGCCGUUAUUCGCCCCGAGUGUAAACUCAUACAAACGCCUUGUGGAGAACUACUGGGCCCCGGUGCACAUCAGUUGGGGCCUGGAGGACCGCAUUGCAUCGAUACGUCUGAUCACACCUCCAGUUUGCAAGCCUGGUGCCACGCGCUUUGAAGUGCGCAUCCCCGGCGCGGAUCUGCAUCCACACUUUGCACUUAGUGCUGUCCUUUCAGCAGGCUGGCGUGGGGUCCAGAAGAAACUGGAGAUCAAAGUGCCACCUAUGUCAGCGCGAAGACCGGGUGACCCACGCCCAGAACUACUUCCCAAUACACUAGAUCUGGCUCUAGUACGUUUCUCAGCACCGAAUAGCAUUGCUCGGGAAAUUUUGGACGAAGAGUUUGUCGAAUUCUUUACGGCGACUAGACAGCAUGAGUUGGGUCUCUGGAGGGAGGCAGUGACUGACUGGGAGCUUAAGAGGUAUAUUGAAAUUGUCUAG